AUGAAGCCAGCAGAGAUCAGAUUCUCUCGACAGAGACCUCUACAGCACAGAGAUCCAGACAUGGCACCUACAAUCACUGCAGCAAUGACCAACUCUCAGGAGCCUCACACUCUGACCCACAAGCUCAGAAAGCCUCUGGUGGAGAAGUUACGCAGAGAGCGAAUCAAUAGCAGCAUUGAGCAGAUCAAGUCUCUCCUGGGUCCAGAGUUCCUCAAACAGCAGCCAGACUCCAAGCUGGAGAAAGCAGACAUCCUGGAGAUGACAGUUUGUGUCCUGAGACGACUGCAGCAGCAGAAUCAAGCUGUGGACUCAGCAGCUGUCAACCAGGGCUACUCCAGGUGUGUGCAAGAGGUGACACACUUCCUGUCCAAAGAGCAGGGGAAGACUCAGUCCCAGAGAAGACUGCUGAACCACGUCAACAAGAUGCAGUGUUCCUCUGAUAAGAACCUGAGAGAGGCUGACUUCUCUCUGCUGAGCUCCACAGUCCAGACUAGCAUCACGAAAGAGAAGAGUCCAGUCAACAGCGCCCCCUGGAGGCCGUGGUAGACCCCUACAGACUGGAGUUACUACCAGACAAACUGAGAUGACCAUAUUGGUCAAAGGUUACUGGAAGUGAAUUCUUCUGAAUUCUGAAAUACUAAGAACUUGUUCUUUUGUUUGUACAGAAGGUAGUUUUUGUUCGUUUUCUUUAUGCAAGAUGUCAUUUCCUGAGGAAAUUACAGCAACUAUAUCUUUCAAUUUAAGAAAGAGAACAUUCUCGUGCAUGUUGCAUGAACCAAAUCUGAUUGCAUUUGCAAUUAUUAUUAUGUCUCACUGUACUUCAUGUAUUGGUGGCAUAGAUCAAUGAUGAAUUUAGUAUCCUUUGUUUUGUUAUUGAUCAUAGUGAUCAACAAAUGUAGUGUCCUAUUUUAUGGACACAUUGUCAUUGAAUUUAACUAAGAAGUGAUCUGUUAAAAGAUCCAAAUGUUUAUUUUUUUCUCAAAGGUUUGCUUAAUGUCACACUUUUCCUGUGAUACCUUUAUGUCUCACUGUUUGUCAUGUGUGUUGUAAAACUUAGUACAUGGAGAUAUUUUUGACCCCUUCAUUGGUAUUGAUGAUUUUUGAAUGGAUCAAAUCUAUUAAUUGUCAUUCUUGUGGAUGAGUUGUCAGGAUGGAAUUUACCUCACUUUCUGUGAUUAUUGAAAAAUGUUCAGUUUCAAGAGCAAUAUGUUCAUCCUUUUACAAUUAAAAGUUUUGGUUAAUGUUCCAUUGUCACAAUUUUUUUGUGACAAUGUAAUUUACAUUUGAUCAUUGAUUAUUAAGAACAAUGUGACCUGUUGUAAGGUUAGAUUUGACUACAUUUUCUUUGUUAACAAACAGGGAAUGUUUUCCUGUCAAGUAUUCGUGUGUCUUUUAUAAAGACAGUUAUUCCUCUACUCUCAGUGAGUACAGUGUAUUGUAGAAAUCUACAAGUUGUUGUUGUGAUGUAUCAUCACCUCUCGUAGGAGCUGUCAUGUUUCAUGUUGCUCAUUGUGCCUUGUUGAAUAAACAAACAACUCCAGUUCAA